GCAUUAUAAUUUAUAAUUAUAACUUGCAUAUGCUAUGUACAUGUAUGUAUAUACGCACAGGCGCAAUCUUCGCCCAAAUUUAUGCAUGACUGGGCUCCCCUUUAGAAUUCGUCUUCCAAAUCCAGUCCCGUACUGCAUCAUCUAUCUCGCGACGACUGCGAACUUUACGCGGCCCCCCCUCCAAUUCGACCCGACCCGAUUGUCCUUCCUUUUUUUCCUUUUGAUUGCCUUUGCUACAUCAUCAUAUUCUAGUCAUCCGACAGCUUCGCGACGCCUGCUGUGCAGAUACAGCCGACCUCCGGAGAAAGGGAUAUUAACUUGACGCUCUCUUCAUUUUCUUUUGAUUUUGUCUUCUUUUGGGCAAACGAACCAUCAUUUUCUUCGCUCAAACGCUAUUACCCAACUUCUUUUAUUCCUCUCUUUUGGCGAGCCGACCGAAUUAAGAGUAUUUAUUUUUGUUUGUGGGGUAUGAUUUUGUAAUUGAGAACAUAUUCCAAUUACUCCUAGUCAUCGUUUCUACUUGACUAGGUCACGGACCUCUUAGGAAACUUGGACCAUUCCGACCGUUUGCUUGGAAGUUAUGUUAUAAGGACUUGUCUCAUGGAAGCUGAAUACCGUGGAACACUAUUCAAGCCAGACGAAUCGCCUUAAACAUGGCUUCAAAUCAACCAUCCGCGCAACCGGCUUCGCCCUCGGACGACACGGACAGCUUCCCUAAGCCCCAGUUCCCCGCCGGCCCUCCGAGUAUCAUAUCGUCGCGAAUGACCGACAUUGCGUCCGAAGAUGGCGACGGAGUUGCUCGAGAGCAAACAAGGACGACUGCUGGUCAGAGAAGGAGUUUCCGCGCCUCCGACUCUCGCCCUGGCACUGCGAGGACUGGCUUGUCCUCGUCACGCGGCGCUUGGUCGCAAGCGACUUCGCUGAGGAAGGGUAUGCAGAGAGGAAGUAGUAUAAGUGGCAGCAUCAAAAGUGGCCGCCCGAUUAGCUCUACAAGCCGAACCCACGUACCUUUGGCUUCCCAUGCCUUCUUUCAUCCCAUGAGUUCUCAGAAGCUCCAAGCUCAGAGAGGCGCGCAACGAACUAGUAGUGGCAUACAGCACCGGCUAAGCGUCGAAUAUGUACAGGAUGAUAAUGAGUCUCAUAUCGCACCUCAGGACGUUGCUACCUCGAGACCCGCACCCCUUCUAGUCCGUCAUAUGACAGAUGAUGGGGACGCGCAACUGCCUCCCUCUAGGAGUACUGAGAUUACAGAGCCGUAUGAUCGUAUUACCGCCACUACAAGUCCGACCCGCGGCCACCACCCUACAGGCAGUCUUAGCGAGAGUACGCGCCCCUUGCAGAAGAAGGCUGAGGAGAAGGGCCUUAAUCUGGACCUCGGCAAGACCAAGACGUACAGAGAUCACGAAGAUCUACCCAGCCCUGUUAGAUCACCACGAUCUUUCAGAUCAGGACUUUUCUUACCGACGAAAGGCGAGUCGGCGGCCACUCCCGCGAAUCGUAAUACGCAUGGCGCAGAGAAGUUGUCUUCUGGCGCAUCGUCUCCUCGGUUUACCCUCGCUACUGCUAACAUGCCGGCUACAAAAGCUAAGGCAGCCAAGGAAAAGGUACAGGGCCAUGGCCAUAAUCAUGAAUAUUUUGAGGGUAAUACUGUAUUCUGCAUCGGAGGCCGUCUGCAAAAUACGCGCCACCGGCCUAUCAACAUUGGGACUGGCCUCCUUGUUGUCUUACCAGCUGUUCUCUUUUUCGCAUUCUCUGCGUCCUACCUGUGGCAUCAUGUUUCGCCUGCCGUGCCUAUCGUUUUUGCCUACUUGUUCUAUAUCUGUAUCUCGUCUUUCCUUCGCGCAUCAGGUUCAGAUCCAGGGAUCCUACCCCGGAACAUCCACCAAUUCCCCCCGGCGGAUGAACAUGAGGACCCUCUGCGUUUGGCACCCCCGACUAACGACUGGACUCUGAUCAAAUCAGCCGAGUCGAGCACUGCAGCGAUGGAAGUACCGACGAAAUACUGCAAAACUUGCAAUAUUUGGCGCCCUCCCCGGGCUCAUCAUUGUCGUUUGUGCGAUAACUGUGUUGAGACCCAGGACCAUCAUUGUGUCUGGAUCAACAACUGUGUUGGGAGGCGCAACUAUAGAUAUUUCUUCACCUUUAUAGCUUCUGGUACUCUCCUGGCAGUUUACUUGGUUGGCGCGUCGCUCGCUCAGGUACUAGUGUUUUCGAAUGAGGAGAAUGUGUCCUUUGGAGCAGCAGUCAGCCACUUCCGAGUUCCGUUCGCUAUGGUUAUCUAUGGGUUUAUAUGCCUCCUAUACCCCGCGGCUUUAAUGGGCUAUCACCUCUUCCUUAUGGCUAGAGGAGAAACAACCAGAGAGUUCCUCAAUUCGCAGAAGUUCUUGAAGAAAGAGCGGUAUAGGGCAUUCGCUCAGGGUAGCAUAUGGAAGAACUGGGUUGUAGUGUUGUGUCGCCCACGACCGCCAACCUACUACCGUUUCAAGCAUCGAUUCGAGGAAGGAGACCAACGGUUUGGGGUGCGCCGGAAUCAACACGGGAACAAUCCUUCUCAAGGCGGAGAGGAUAUGGAAAUGCAAGCUGUGCGACCACCUUCUGCGGGCUUUCAAGGGCCAACCGCACUGCGCAACCUUACAGCCAGUACGCGAUGAAAAACCCAGCAUAUCCGUCUCCUUCUACGGCAGUCUUACCGCUCGUUGCUAGGCACAUAUUUCAUGUAAUGUCUUCUAGCGCGAAUACCCCUUCAAUCAACUUGCUUUUUUUCUGUACUACUAUGAUUAUUGGAAUUAAGGGAAACGUGUGAAAUUAUUAAGUGUUCCUUCGUAAGGUCUCGGUAAAAGAUAGGACCUAAUAUGUACGAGGUUAAAGGGUGAUAGGGAUAGGGACGGGGUUGUCUGAAUGAUGUUAUGAAAGAAAGCAUUUGGCUGUAUCAUGUUCAUGUUGAAAAUACGAGUCUUCAAAGUGUACUUUUAAUACCUAUUCUCUUUAUUUAUACCUACCUCCUUAUAGACAUAUGGAAUGGUUCGAUGGGA